AUGGCAGGACUCUCUCCAUACUCGAAGAAGCACAAGGUGACCGUCAUCGGGUCGGGGAAUUGGGGUUCCUCGAUCUCGAAGAUGGUCGCCGAAAACACGGCCGCGAACCCUGAUAUCUUUGAAAAGGAGGUGAACAUGUGGGUGUACGAGGAGAAGAUCGAGAUUCCAAAGUCCUCGAAGCACUACAAGGAAUCCUCGCCGCUGUGCAAAGGCGAGCAGAACUUGACGGAUAUCAUCAACCAAGUCCACGAGAACAUCAAGUACCUGCCAGAUAUCGCUCUACCAGAAAACCUGCACGCAAACCCUUCCCUGGUCGAUGCGGUCAAGGAUUCGUCGAUAUUAGUCUUCAAUGUGCCCCAUCAGUUCAUCGGCGGCAUCUGCAAGAGCCUGAAGGGCCACAUUCUUCCCUACGCCCGUGGAAUAUCCUGCAUAAAGGGUGUCCAUGUCGACGAGGAGGGAGUCAGUCUAUUUUCCGAGACCAUUGGCAAGGAACUGGGUAUCUACUGCGGUGCCCUGUCCGGCGCCAACAUCGCUUCAGAGGUCGCGAAGGAGCUCUACUCCGAGACCACAGUCGCCUAUCACCCUCCCCAUAUGGACUCCAAGGCACCCACGCCGCAGAACGGGUCCCCAUCAUCAUCCAAUGUCAAUCUCUCAGAGUUCAAGCACACCGAUAGCUCAGGGAACCUCUCCAAAGUGAAACUACGACCCAUACCCGCCGAAUUCCCCCCCGUCGACCACGCUUUUCUUAAGACACUCUUCCACCGUCCUUACUUCCAUGUUCGUGUCGUUGAUGAUGUUGCCGGUGUCUCCCUUGGUGGUGCAUUGAAGAACAUAGUCGCCCUCGCAGCUGGAUACGUCGACGGUCUAGGCUGGGGAGACAAUGCUAAAGCUGCAGUGAUGAGAGUUGGCCUCUUAGAGAUGGUGAAAUUCGGCACUGCUUUCUUCGGCGGUUCCGUCAACGCGGAGACCUUCACCGUUGAAUCUGCCGGUGUUGCGGAUCUGAUCACCUCUUGCAGCGGAGGACGUAACUACCGAUGUGCCAAGUAUAGCGUUGAACGCAAACUGCCUAUUGAAGAGGUAGAGAAGCAGGAGUUGAACGGACAGAAGCUACAGGGUACCUUGACUGCCGUGGAAGUCAACAACUUCCUCAGGAAACAGGGGCUUGAGCAUGAAUACCCUCUCUUUACUGCCGUUGAUCGUAUUCUCAAGGGAGAGGCCAAGGUGGAAGAUAUCCCCAGUCUCAUCGAGCCAAAGUAG